AUGGCCACCAACAGCCCUGUAGGUCCAUCUGCCUAUCCCUCCUGCAGCAAGGGGCAGGUGGGGCUGGGGCGGCUGGGCUCACAACCCACCCUGACUCUUUUCUUUGGUCAGCUCAGAGAGGCUGAGAGUGGACUCCGAAAGUGGGAGAAGGAAGAGAAAGAGAAAGAGAAAGAGAAAGAAGAAGAGGAAGAGGAAAAGGAGGCAGCUGCAGCGCGGCCCUCAGCAGGAGAGGAGGCUCUGGGCUCUCCCCAGGCUCUGCUGUCCCUGAGGAGAGAGGCCCGGGAUGAGGGCCCCGUCGGAGUCAAGCCUGAGUUGCACCUUCUGCAGAGCAGGUGGGCUCUGUGGUUCUUCAAGAAUGACCGCAGCCGGGCCUGGCAGGACAACCUGCAUCUGGUCACCAAGUUUGACACUGUGGAGGACUUCUGGGCGGUGUACAGUCACAUCCAGCUGGCCAGUAAGCUCUCGUCUGGCUGCGACUAUGCCCUGUUCAAGGAUGGCAUCGAGCCCAUGUGGGAAGACCCCAGGAAUAAGCGGGGUGGCCGUUGGCUGGUCAGCCUUGCCAAACAGCAGCGCCACAUCAAGCUGGACCGCCUGUGGCUGGAGACACUGCUGUGUCUCAUCGGGGAGAGCUUUGAAGAGUACAGCCGGGAGGUGUGUGGGGCUGUCAUCAACAUCCGCACUAAGGGGGACAAGAUUGCGGUGUGGACUCGGGAGGCAGAGAACCAGACGGGCGUGCUCCACAUUGGGCGUGUCUACAAAGAGCACUUGGGACUCUCCACAAAGACCAUCAUUGGAUACCAGGCCCACGCAGACACGGCCACCAAGAGCAACACCCUAGCCAAGAACAAGUUUGUGGUGUGAGAGGGCCGGGCCUUGGCACCGCUCCCCAUUCAGCUGUCCGAGCCUCUCACUGCUGUGUGUGUGUCCAUCCUGGGCAGCACUGGGGGAUAGAGGGCAUGGUUCUCACCUGUUCUGGAGUGAAUAUGAACAUUCUUUAACAUGAAUUGAGGCCCAGGCCUAGGAGCUGCUCUGUGGUGGAAAGUGGUGGUGGGCGGCCAAGCUGAGGACCCAGGGCAGCAGAAAGGUGAAGCAAUCUCUGGGUUUCCUCAUCCAGGGGUGGGACAAGUCACUGGGGGAAGGGGGGCUCAACCGCAGGUGGAAAGACGACAGGAGAGAAUCUUAUGAUCCAGCACUUACUCUGUGCCUACCUGGGAAGGGGGCUUGCUAGGCGGCCUGAGGGCCACACUCUACCAUUGGGGGAGAGGAACUCAAGGCCACUGACCUUCUGAGAGCUGGAGUUCAGGGACGGGAGAAGGGGUCUCUCCUAUUGGUGAUCACUCUGCUGACAAACCUUUGUGGAUAACCUUAUCAGAGUUGUAGCCUUGGAGCCCAGCCUGAAUCCCAAACCCUCUAUGGAGUAGGGCUGUGCCCCACCCCAAAGGCUAGGGGCUUAGAGGCAGAACCCCAUCAUCUCACAGGAUUUGUGUGUAGCUGGAGUAGACAGCCCUGCGUUGCCUCUCCCUGGGCUGUCUAGCCCUGGCCUGCCUCAGGGCCAAUCUUAGGCGGGGCCUCACCCACUCACCUCCACUUAAGAGAGAAGGAGGGUAGUGAAGAGCCCCACUAUGGCUCUGCUAGAGCUGGAUUAACUUGAAGACGAUUAAGCCCAAACCCUCUUCCGUUCCUGUUCUAAAUACUUUUGAACAAAAUUGGAAUUAUUUUUGAAGGCUUUAACAUUGAGUAAGAUUCAGUCCUUCCCAAACCUAGAUCUGCUCCAGUCCUGCUUUGAAGGGGCUCGCGUCAGACUCCCAGGUAGCAAGGAGCCCUAUCAGGCCAAAACUGGGUUUGAGCUAGGGGGAGGCAGGGAGCAGUCGGCGCGGCACUCACAAGACCUGGGCUGAAUUUCCAGUGAGUGAAACACACAUCUAAUUCGACUUCAUUGUAAUAAAAUGUCCUGCAUGUGUGUUAAGAACAUAAGUCAAAUCACCAUCUGCAGUAGUUACUCCUCUCCAGAGAUGGGCUCGCACAGUAAGGCCGGUGAUUGGAGUGGCUUUGGCAUUGAACCAUGAGGGAUGGGGGG